AUGAGGGACACCGCUCCAUGGCAGAGAGUCUUAGUGUGGUUCAAAGGAUCCAAAGAGGUAUAUGCUACACAUAACUUUCCCACGGCUCAUCUAACUCGAUGCGUCCAGGACACAAGGUCACUUGCUGCCGAUGUUGCUGGCGACUUGUACAUCGAGAAGAACGAACGCGAUCCUUUGAUGGAAGUUACGACCACAGAAAAGCCCGUGUCCGGUCGCUCAGGAAACACAUCUUUCGAGAGCUAUGUCACGGGCACGUCCACUCGACCCUCGUCCAAGGCAACUAGCAGAGGAUGGUCUUCAGAUGCGGGCUCAGACCAUCAUGCUACUGUAUCCAAAAGCCGUACAAGGACCAGCAGAAUCUCUCUGUUCAGCAGUCACAAUCCCGACGAGGAGUCCAAAAGUGUUUCGCCAACGAUUUCGCCCACUACAACUCGUCCGCCUGUCUAUGUUCCUCGAAAUGCUGCUUCCGGUCACCUCCGUACCACAAAUCCCUCCCGUCUGGAUGCAAAAUACAUACAUUGA